AUGGCGAAACCGAAGAAGGCCGCCGCCCAAGAGGAAACGGCGAAGGGGGCGAAGAGCCCACCGGAACCCGCGAAGGACGCGAAGAAAGGAAAAAAAGGCGAAAGGGACAAAAAGGAAGAAGAAAAACUCGGGGCCUCUGCUUCAGCGGGAAAGGACAAGAAGGGGAAGAAAAAGGAAGACUCGGGCGCAGCGCCCGCAGGCGAGAAUACCAGAGCCGCGGAGCCGCCGCCACCCGGCUACAUCGAGCUGAAGCCCUUCCAGCGCACGCCGAAGCAGUUGCUGCAUAACUACUGUCAAAAGCACAAGUUGCCCAAGCCGCGAUUUGAGCAGAAGCGCGCCAACGCGCCUGGACGGUUCAAGACGGAGUGCAUCAUGCCUCACGCGAAGGACGCCACGAAGACGAUGAAAUUCCUCACCGAGCAGGACUGGGAGUUCAAGACGCACAGCGAGCACUUCUCAGCGCUUCUCGCGCUGCACUUUCUGGAGCCCACGCGGCCCUACGAAAAGUUGUUUCCGUCGCCGUUCCGCGAGGCGUGGCUGGCACUGGCUCCCUCGCCAGCUCCAGCGAGAGAAAAGCAAGCCGUGCCGUCGGCGCGGAGACUCCCGGUUUCCUCGCUCUCUCCCGCGCCGGCUCCCACCUGCGCGGCGGCCGCCUCGCCCCCCUCCGCCUCUUCUGUCUCUUCUGCGGCAUCUCCGGGGAGCGCCCGCGAGAAGAAGAGCGGCAAAAAGACGUCCUCGCCCUCCGCAGCCGCUGCUCCGAAUGCGUCUUCCUCGGCUUCGCCUUCUCCGCCGGCGGAGCCGGCCGCACCGCCGGCUGUCUUCGCGAUCAGCAGCGCGCGGCAGUUUGCCUCGGAGUAUCACCGGAAGCAAGAGGCGGAUGCGCGGCGGGUCGUUCGCGCGCAGAAGGAGCGUAGGCGCGAGUUGGCGCAGGAACAGAGGAGAAGCCAGGAGCCGACAGUCUACAUGGCCUCCGCAGUCCGCGAGGCUGUGAGAGGCGUCCUCCGCAAAGCGCUCCAGCGGCUCGCGGUCGCAGCGCCCUCAUCUGCGUCGUCAGCGGCGCCUCCCUCGCCUGCCCUCAGCGCCUCUGGCUUCGUCCUGCCGCCUCUGUGGCACCGGCACAGCUGGCGAACUCUCGCCGCGUCGCUUCUCCUCUCUCCGUCUCCUUAUUCUCCAUCUUCGUUUUUGCUCUCCGACGCGUUUGCAGGGAGGCUGCUCGCUGGGCUCGCGGCGCAGGGCUUUGCAGAGGCUCAGGCGCGCGCCGCCGUGGAGACUUUUUCGGAAGUCCUCGCGCGCGAGCGACACGCGAGUGGGAACGACGCGCCGCGCGCGAAGGCUGCGCGGGGGAGCAGCGAGGCGGCGGAGAAGCUGCUUGAAGAGACUCUUCACUCGCUAGUCGACUUCCUCUGUUUGAACGAAGAGCGCGAAGAGCGCCUGCCGCGCACCUUCGACCCCAGAGGAAAACAAAUCGAGGUUCACGUCUUCGCGAAGGGGCAAGACGAAGACGAGGGCGACGACGACAGUGAAGACGACGAGCCCUUCCAAGACGACUGGGAGCGCGAACGCGCAGAGGAGACGCCGGCGCGGCGGGGAGCCGGCGACCUGCGGGCGGAGGCGGAAAGAGGAGACAUGGGCGUGAACUCGAAGUCUCCAGCAGGGAAGCGAGGACUGGCGAGGAAGGGAGAGAAGGCGGAUGAGUCGCCCGACGUGCGUCUUCUCGCGUGUCUUAUCGAGGAUGAGCUCGUCGAGGAGGCGCGGGGGGGCGGGGCAGAGAACGCGGGGGGUGGCGGGAAGGACGGAAUUCUGGAAAAAUUGGAAAAAAUUCGAAGCAAACUGCAUGCCUCGCAGCAGAGCCUCCUCGCGCGUCUGCAGCCUCUUGUGGAUCGAUCGACUGCGGCGACCGUGGGAGGCGAUGAAGGCGACGCGAAGAGAGCGAACGGCGAGACAGCCGCUGUCCCAGAUAGUUGGGAGGACGAAGACACAAGCAUGGAGGCGAGUGGAGCCAGCCACGGGGCAGAGAAAAACGCGAUCGAACUGGCUGCGCUUCGAGCCUUCGCCCAAGCCAGCGCGCUGCACGCGCCUGCGAGGGAUCUCUUGACGCGCCUGGAGAGGGAGAAGAAGCUCUUCGCGCGAAACCGUAACUCCGUCUUUCUGCUCUUCGCAAGCGCGUUGGAGGCGCUCGCCGACGCCGCGCGCACAGCGGAAACAUGGAGUCAGGAAGCUGCCCAGGGGGGCCGCCCAGAGGAGAGAUGGGCGGUUGGUGCAGAGUCCCUCUCGAUGGAGAAGUUGAAAGAGACAAUCCAGGGAAACAAGGCGAUGAAAGCCCGAAUCGCAGAGCUACUUGCCGACGAGAAAGAAGCGGUUGACAGCCUGUUCCCCGGGGCGUCCUUCAAAGUUUUCGCGCCUGCGUCGGCUUCGCGCGAUCUUUCUGGGAUGUUUGCCUCAUUUACGGUUGAGGCAAUUCCGACCGAGCCACUGCUGGCUAUCCUCCCCUCGGCGCUCGCCUCGCCGUCCUCGCUGCUGCCGGCUGCCUUGAACGGGCGUCUCUUCGUGUACGUGCCUCCCGAGGCAGGCCCGUAUCCUCUGCUUCCGCCUCUCGUCUGGAUUGACCUCGUUCCCCCCUCGUCCUCUUCGUGCUCGCUGUGUCUCAGUUUCUUUUCGCUCUGGAUCUCUCUCUCGGCUUCGCGCUUCGCGCUUUCGCGUCUCCUGGAGUCGCCUCUGUCCGCGCUCUAUCCCUCGCUGGCGUCAGAGCCCGCCGUCUUACCGCCACUCCAUCGUCUUCUUCUCGCCCCGGCGCAGGGCACCUCUCCCUCAUCGCGGGCGCCUACUUCGCCUGAAGAACGGGCUGUUGCACAUGCGCUUGAGGACGGCAACCUGCAGGCCUCUCUACUGGAUAUUUCGUCUUUCCUUCAGUCGCCUUCACUCCUCCGCGAGGCCUUCGGGGAGCUCCAGGCGGCGCUAUUUGCGACGCGCAGGAAGGCGCGCGAGACCGGCGAAGACUCCAGCGCGGACGCGGAAGACGAAGAGAAACAAGAUCUCUUGCGGCGUUGGAUUGCCUUCGCCUCGGGAUGCUCCGCGGCAGACGACCCGCUGGGGCUGCUACGCGCGCGUCGAGCAAAGCCGCGGAGGCAAGGCCCUUCGAUGCCAGCGCAUGCGACUGGAGACUCCAAGCACAGUUCCGUGGAGACAGGUGCAGCCCUUCGCCGAGAAGGAAGAAAGGCCUCGCUCGCUUCGUCGCCCUUUAAGGCCUCCAGAGAACAGGAAGCCCAAAACGCCGACGCCCGCAAGCGCACGCAAGCGAGCGGCCGCGGCGAGACACGCGACGCGGCUCUCGGCGCGCCAACGACGGCGAAUGGAGAGUCCGCGGAGACAGAAGGGGUGGCGGAGUCGCGUAGUCUGUACCCGCUAUCGCCCGACUUGUGUGAGCAGAUUCUCCGCGGAAGAACUACAGAAAGCAGCAAGAAAGAAGCGCUUGGUCUGCCGGUGCGCGAGCACGAGGCAUUCCUUCAUAAGUUCAUGGGAGAUGCUACGAGGCGCGUCCUCGUGCUGCAGGGCGAGACUGGGUCGGGAAAGACGACGCAAAUCCCUCGCAUCCUCCUCGAGGCCGCCGCGCAGUCUGCCUCAGGCACGCCUUCUUCGGCGUCUUCGCUAGUUCUCUGCAGUCAGCCUCGGCGUCUGGCGGCAGUAUCCGUCGCCGCGCGCGUGGCGGAGGAGAUGGGGACUGCGCUCGGCGGCCUCGUUGGCUAUCAAAUUCGCCUUGAGACGAAAAUGUCAAAAAACUCCCGCCUUAUCUUUUGCACGCACGGAGUCCUCCUCAGAAAGUUCCUUAGCGACCGGUACUUGCGAGACGUCUCGGUGGUGGUCGUGGACGAAGUUCAUGAGCGCGCGACAGAAGUCGAUCUUUUGCUCCUCCUUCUCUCGCGCGCCCUCGUACACAACCCCGUGCUCAAGGUCGUGCUGAUGAGCGCGAGUGUGUCGGUGGAGUUUUUCGCGUCUUACUUCCGCCGGCUGCCGCCCGGGUCGCUUGUCCCCAGGGGCAUCGCACCCAGAGCCUCCUCGCCCUCCGCCUGCGUCUCGACGUUGCGGGUAUCGGGUCGCACGUUCCCUGUCUCCGUUUUCUACGCAGAAGACAUUCGGCGCCUCGUGGAGAAGGACGCCGACGGGCGCAGACCAAGCUCUGCGUCCGCCUUCUCGUCGCUGGCGCUCGCGCGAGACGUGCGGCGGGCGAGCCGCAGCGAGGGCGGGGGCUUUGCGCAGGCCGCGCCGGGCGGGCGCGAAAGAGCGAGCGCGGAGGAAGAGAUCGCCUUCGCGUCUUCCGACGCCGUCGUGCCCUGUCCGCUGCCGGCAAUCAUUCGCGACGUCGCCGAGUUGAUUCGCUUCAUUCACGGCAGCCGACCUCUGCGCGAAGCCGCGAGCGGCAACCAGAAGCCGGAAGGAAAGGGAGGCGACAGGGGCGGGCGCGAGCAAGCGGCGCGCGGCGCAAUCCUCGUCUUCCUCAGCGGCGUCGGCGAAGUAAACAGCGCCUGCCGCGCCUGCGAGGCGCUGGGGCUGCCGCUCUGGGUGCUGCCUUGCCACGCGGCGCUCCAGCCCGCGCAGCAGCAGAAGGUCUUCCAGCCCGCGCCUCCGGGUCUGCGGAAAGUGGUUAUUGCCACAAACAUCGCGGAGACUUCCGUCACCAUUCCUGAUAUUUCCUUCGUGAUUGACUCGGGGCUGCACAAGCAGAUGGAGUUCGAUCCGCGGAAGCGCCUGAGUCAGCUGCGCGAGCAGGCGAUUUCUCGGUCGGCGGCACAGCAGCGCGCAGGGCGCGCAGGUCGUGUGGCUGCCGGCGAAUGCUUCCGCCUCUACGAGAAGAGCGUCUUCGAAAAAUACAUGAAGCAGAGUGAGACGCCCGAGCUGCAGCGCCGGCCGCUGGAAAACGUCUGCCUCCAACUCAAGGCGAUUUUCCCCCACGAGCCGUUGGAACGCAUUUUGGCUGAGUGCAUCGAGCCUCCCUCUCCGAGCAGCAUCACCUCGGCCGUCAAAGUUCUGUCGCGCCUGGGUGCCUUGCAGCUCUCCGCAUCCGCGUCGCCCGACGCCGCACGCGGAUGUGGAGAUGAAGAGAGACUCACGAGUCUCGGGCGUGUGCUGUCCCUUUUCCCCAUGGAUCUCGCGUUUGCACGGAUGCUGAUUUACUCCGCGGCGCUCUCCUGUCUCGAUGAGAUGACAGCUCUUUGCGCACUCAUGGCUGUCGAGUCGUCGCUCUACGUCUCCCAUCUCGUGAACCCGGAGGCCUCCGCAGCGCGGCAGAAGUAUUUUUCGCGGAGCCAGUCGGACUUUAUCACGAAUUUGCGGAUUUUCUUCGCCUGGCGGCUGGUGCAGAAGAACCGACGGACGGAGGAGCAGUUCUGUCGCAAGUUCGGAGUGAAUCCGCAGAGCAUGCGCAACGCAGACGAACUUCGAAAGAGGUUUGCACGCGUAGUCGCGGAAGUCGGGCUCAAAGACCUCACGCAAGCGCAAGAAAGCGAGCGAGUUAAACCCGCGGCGAGGACGCCCGCGCGCGAGCCGCGAGGCGCGCAAGCCGACGAGGAUCCUGAGGCAGGCCACGAAGAAGAGAUCGACGCGCGAAUCUGCUCUGAGCUGCUGGACGGCGAGGCCCUCGUUGCCUCGCUUUCCUCUGAGAAGGGCGAAGAAGGAGUCGCCGACGGCGCGGCCGCGCUGAAAUGCGCCUCAACGACUCGCGCGACUGAGGCGGAGGCGAGCGGAAAGAAGUCCGCGGAAGAAGAAGGGAACAGCAGAAGCAUCUUCUGGUACUUGAAGGCCUGCGUCGUCGCCGGCCUGUAUCCACAAGUCGCAGUCGUGCGUGCGCCACGCAAACGCUUCGUGCACGUCGCCUCGGGGACCGUAGAAAAGCUCCCCGAGCCCUGGGAGAUCAAAUAUCUGACGCGAGUCGAGGACGACGAGCGAGGCGAGCCAGAAAAAGCUGCGAACGCCCAAGAGCAGCUGCAGCGUGUGUUUAUCCAUCCGUCAAGCAUCAACUUUGGCACGAAUCGCCUUGAGACGCAGUGGCUGGCCUUCCUCGAAAAAGUUCAAACAAGCAAACCUUUCAUCAAGGAUGUCUCGACGGUCUCUGUGUUUGCGCUCCUUCUUCUCUCCUGCUGCGAGAUCGAAGUGUGCGGAGAGCGCGGCCUGCUGCGGCUCGACGGCUGGAUUGAGCUCCGCUGCCCUGGCCUCAUUGGGAGUUACAUUCGGACGCUGAAAUUUCUUUUCUCGGUGCUUCUCGACGCGUUCUUCUCGCGCACGCUGUCGCGCUCAUACUUCAGAGAGCCCGGCCGCGGCACACGCCACCGACACGACGGGAAAAAGGGGAAGCCUCAAAAUUCCGCCGCGGCUUCCCCUUCGUGCCUCGCUGAGCGUUCAGUCUGCGGCAGCGGGCUGUUUGAGGAAGAAGACGGGCAGCGGGUGGGUGCUGAGCUCAUCUCUGUCGUCAAGAAACUCGUUGAGUUCGAAGGUCACAAGCUCUAG